AUUAUUAUGAGUUCAACUUCUGAAACAGUCUGCGUUACUGGAGCAGCUGGUUUUAUUGGAUCAUGGCUUGUCAUGAGACUUCUAGAGCACAAUUAUACUGUCAGAGCUACCGUGCGCGAUCCAGAGAAUAUGAAGAAGGUGAAGCAUUUGUUGGAAUUGCCUAAGGCAUCGACACACCUGACACUGUGGAAGGCAGACCUGAAUGAAGAGGGAAGCUUUGAUGAAGCAAUCAAAGGGUGCAAUGGUGUUUUCCAUGUGGCCACACCCAUGGACUUCGAGUCCAAGGACCCUGAGAACGAAGUGAUAAAGCCCACGAUAAAUGGGAUGCUAAGCAUCAUGAAAGCAUGUGUGAAUGCAAAAACUGUCCGAAAGCUGGCAUUCACAUCAUCUGCAGCAGCAGUCAGAUUUGGAGAGCAUGAAAAGCCAGUAUAUGACGAAAACUGCUGGACUGAUGUUGAAUUUUGCCGCAACAAAAAGAUGACUGGAUGGAUGUAUUUCGUGUCCAAGUCACUGGCUGAGCAAGCUGCAUGGAAGUUUGCCAAAGAGAACAAUUUGGAUUUCAUCACUAUAAUCCCACCUCUUGUGGUUGGUUCAUUCCUUAUGCCAUCAAUGCCACCAAGUCUCAUUACUGCUCUUUCUCCUAUCACAGGGAAUGAAGCUCAUUAUUCGAUAUUGAAGCAAACCCAAUUUGUUCACUUGGAUGUCCUCUGCAAUGCUCACAUUUUUCUGUAUGAGCAUCCAAAGGCAGAGGGAAGGUAUAUAUGCUCUGGCUGCGACGCAACCAUUCAUGACGUUGCAAAAUUGCUUAGAGAAAAAUUCCCCGAAUACAAUGUCCCUACAAAGUUCAAGGAUGUAGAUGAGAACUUGGAGAUCAUCUCCUUCUCUUCCAAAAAGAUUAAAGAGUUGGGGUUCGGGUUCAAAUACAACUUGGAGGACAUGUAUGUAGGUGCUGUUGAAACAUGCCGAGGCAAGGGUUUGCUUCCUCCAGCUGCUGAAAAACGUGUUGAAGGCACAGGUUUGCUUCCUCCAGCAGCUGAAAAACGUGUUAAGGGCACAAGCUGAGAUUGAAUAUUACAGCUUCUUAGUUGACAUGUCUUAUAGUAUUCUAGUCAAAAUAAAACUGCCAACCUAUGAGAUCGAGUACUAUGGGUUUUUUUUUUUUUUU